AUGGAAGUUGAUUAAUAUUCUGCAAGAAUACCUAAUGAAAAUUAAGCUAUUUUGACAAAGAGAGGAGAUUAAGAAUUCAAAUAUAUUCAAUUCAUUAAAUAAUGCAAUAAUGAUUACAAAGAUCCUAAUAUUCUUAAUUAGAAUGAACAACUAAUUCUUGCUGAUAAAUCAAUUUAUACUGGAAUCAUUAAAUUAGAAACUAGAUUAUAAGACAUUGAUUAAAAAUAUCUACCUUUUGAUGAUAUAAAUUUAGAUGAAAAUGAAAGAAAUGAAAAAAUUAGACAACUUACCAAAUCUUCAUAGAGUGAGAAUUAAAGAAUUGAGAUGAAAAGAAAAAACAAAUAAGAUUAAAAUUAUUGGUUUAUAAUUAAUCCUGAUAGCACAAUCAAAAUACUUUGGGAUUUUUUUUGUAUGAUUUUAAUUCUUUAUGAAAUUAUUACAAUUCCAAUCAGAAUUAGUUUUGAUAUCGAAGUUAGUAGUAAAUUCGGUUAUGUUAUUACAGCAGCCUUUUUAUUUGAUAUAAUACUUACAUUUAAUACUGCUAUCUAUAAGAAUGGCAAUAUUAACUAUUCUUAUAAAAUUAUAGCAAUAGAGUAUUUGAAAUUAUGGUUUUGGAUUGAUUUAAUUGCAUCAUUUCCUUAUGAUUUAAUAUUUUCAUUACUAUUAACAGGAGAUGCAGAAGAUGAAAUUUCCACAUCUAAUGCUAAUUUAUAAAAAAGUGCUUAAAUCUUAAGGAUUCUAAAAUUCUUUAGAUUCAUAAAAGUUAUUAGAUUAUUAAGGUUGGCAAAAUUAAAAGUUAUUGUAAAUAAAAUAGAAGAAUAUUUUUCUGACAAUUCUAUUUUAUAAACAAUAGCAAGUUUUUUUAAAUUAUGUGCUUUUGUAUUAUUUUGGUCACAUUGGCUAGGUUGUAUAUUUCAUUUUAUUGCUCAAAAUGAAGAGAUUUAAUAUAAUUGGCUAACAAUAUAUGGAAUAUAUGAUGAACCUUGGGAAAUUAGGUAUGUUAAUUCAGUAUAUUGGGCUGUUACUACUAUGAUUACAGUUGGUUAUGGUGAUCUUUCACCUUAAACACCAUUAGAAAGAUUGUUUGGAGUGUUUUUUCUGUUGAUUGCAUGUGGAGUAUUCUCAUUUACUAUGAAUACAAUUGGCAAUACUAUGUAAUAACUCAGUUAAAAAUAAGAUUAGUAUUAAAAAAGAAUAGCAGAAAUAAAUAGUUAUAUGGGAAAAGUUAAGAUACCAAAAUAAUUAUAGAAUAAAGUAAGAAGAUAUUUGUAAUAUCUUUGGGAUUCACAUAGAAAUAUAAAUUUAGAAUCUAUUUGUUAAAAUCUUUCUACAUCUUUGAAAUUUGAAUUUACUAUACAAGUAAAUGGAACUAUAUUAGCUAAUUAUAAAUUAAUUUGUUAAACUUUUUCUAGACAUUUUUUGAUUGAAUUGACAUAAAUUUUAAUUGAAUAAACUAUAUAACCUGAUGAAUAUGUUUUUUAAGAAAAUGAAAUAAAGAAUGAAUAAUCAUUAUAUUUUAUUUAAGAAGGAUCAAUUAAUAUAAUUUUAAUUAAAACAAGAUAAAUAGUAGCAAGAUUGGGAAAUAAAGAAGUAUUUGGAGAAAUAAGUUUUUUUGGUAAUAUUGAAAGAACAGCAUCUGCUAAAAGUAAUGGAUUUACUGAUGUAUUUGUAUUAAAAAGAUAGGAUUUUAUUAAUUUAUUAAAUAAAUAUCCAGAAGAUAGAGAAAAAUUCUUCUUUAUUAAUUCUGAAAUUAAUAGGAAUUAACUUUAAGUAUUAAAUAUUCACUGUUAUUCAUGUGAUUUACCAGGACAUGUAAUAAAAGAUUGUCCAUCUUUACAUUUUGUAGUUGAUUUAUAUGUUUAUUAAAAGACAAAGACAAGAUGUAUUUAAGCAAUUAUGAAAGAUUUUGUAAGAAUAGACAGAAUUAAUUAUAAUGCUAGAAAAAAUAAAUAAGAAAUAACAUUAAAAGUAGAGAAUUUACAAAUGAAACUUUCAACUCAUAAACCUUUAUUAGAAGAAUGUAAUGUUGAUGAAUAUAUAUUAUAAGGAGUAGAUGAUGAUUCUAUAAAGUAAAGUUUGAAACUUAAGUCAAAAUUUUAGGAAGAUAGAAAUAGGAGAAAGAAUUGGUAAUAAUCAAUUAAAAAAUCAUAAAAAUAGAUAAAAUAAAUAUAAAUGAAAUAAUAAGAAAUAUUUAGUUUAACAAAAAGUCUUUCUUAAGUUCUUAUAUCUUCUAAUAAUAGUUAAAAUGCAAUAAUUCCUUCUAUUAAUAAAUUUAAGAGUUCAGUUGAAAAUGAUUAAGAUAGUGAAAAUGGAACCAUACUCUAAUAAAAAAUGAAUGAGAUCAUGGCUGAUUAUUAAGUUUUCAAAGAGGAAGUAGAAAAGUAUAAUGGAAAUUAGUAAUUAGAAUUAAAGAAAAAUAUGGUUUUACUUAAUGAUUUUGAGUAAGGAUAUGAUUACAAUAUAUUUUAUCCUCAUAAUAAUAUUUCAGUAGUUUUAAAAGAGUUUAAUAGAUUUUAGUAAGGAAAUUCAGUUAAACCAAAGAUUGAUACUGAAUAUGAUUCAAAUGUAUAUUAAGAAUAUAUGAAUUAUUAUGUAAUAGAUAUUGAAGAUGUAAGAAGAUUCAAAUUAGAAGUCAAACCUAAUUAAAUUAAAUAGUAUUUACCAUUUACACAAUUACUAUAAUAAUAAUAUAGUCGAUAAGUAAAUUUAAUAUAUAAUUAUAAAAUAGAAAAAGAAGGAUUAAGGAUUAUUGAAAAAGCCAAAAAAGUCAUUAAAGUAAAUUACAAAGACAAUUAUGUUGAUGAGAAAAUUAAAAUGA